GAGAAACGUACUCUCGCGUUGUUCACCGACAGCCCCUCUGACAGUUGGGGCUGGUCUCAUCACAACAUCAGGGCGUUUCAGGCAACGCUCAUACACAUAGCAGCAGUCUCCCUUAUCUUGGAAUCGGUCGUCCCUGAAUGGGACAAGUACAGUUCCUUUCCAUACAGACGACAUGAAAUGUUGAUGUGGUAAAAAUGAACAAACCCAAAAUGGCCACAGAGAAAGGUGUUCCCAGUAACUCAAGGGUACUGAUGCUCCUGGGCCAACUGGAGAGGAUGAAUGGAGAGGCCAUGGUGAGGGAUGUCGAAACGGCAAGACAGGUCACUGCAAAGAUACUUCAUCUCAUACAGACACAGGAGAAGACUGGAAAAGAGGUGAUGUCCAAAGGCUCCAGUGGCAUGGAGGUCAUCCUGGCUUCAUUGGAGAACACCCGGGAUGUCCAGACCACUCUGAACAUUUUGUAUAUUCUCAGUGAGCUGCUGACUGUGGGCCGAGGUCGCAGGGUGGGAGUAUUUGUGUCUAAAGGAGGAACAGGGAUAUUAUUCCAGAUUCUGAUCACUGCCAGUAAAGAGUUGCCUCCCAGUGAGGAACUCAUGCUGCAGCUUCACUCACUGCUGGCCAAAGUUGGCCCAAAAGACAGAAAGUUUGGAGUGAAGGCACGUUUGAGCGGAGCUCUGAACGUCACAGUCAACUUAAUGAAACAGAACCUACAAAAUACCAAACUGCUCCUGCCCUGCCUGCAGGUGCUCAGGGUUUACUCUACCAACUCGGUGAAUGCUAUUUCUUUGGGCAAGAAUGGAGUGGUGGAACUCAUGUUCAAGAUUGUCUCGCCAUACAGCAAGAAGAACACCAGCCUGCACAAGGUAGCUCUGGACGCACUGGGAGCACUGCUCAAAUCCAAAACUAAUGCUCGGCGUGCAGUGGAUGGUGGACAUGUGCCUGUCUUGCUAGCUGUGUACCUGGACUGGCAUCGCAGUGACACACGCCAUCGCCACAUGCUGAUUCGCAAAGGGCUGCUGGUCUGCCUCAGGAACAUCACAAACAUCAAGGUCGGCAGGAAAGCAUUCAUAGAGGCUGAUGGCAUGAGGGUCCUCUACAACUCAUCCACUGAGUGUCUCCCAGUGCGGACUCUGGAUCCUCUGAUCAACACUUCAAGUCUCAUCAUGAGGAAGUGUUUUCCUAAGAACCGUCUGCCUCUGCCCACCAUCAAAUCGGCCUUCAACUACCAGCUGCCACAUGUACCUGCCGUAGGGCCUGUGGCACAGCUGUACAGCCAGCCACCUGGUGGAAGAAAAAUUCAUCAACUCUGCAACAAGCCCUUAAAGAAGGUGACCAAAAUCAUGGAUGAUGUGGUGGAUGAAAGUGAUGAUAACGAGGAGACAGACGCAGACACGGAGAAUGAUACUGAGAAUGAAGAGGAUGAGAAGGAUCAGCGCUCUGCGAAUGAUGACAUAGAGACGGACCUAAACAAGCUACAUCCCAAAAAUCACCCUGGACGUCCUUUCGAGGAGUUGAGAGUCUAUGAGAGGUUCUUCUUGGAGCUUUCUGAAGACUUCCAGGGUUAUAACUUUGAAUGCUCAAAGAGUACCUCUACCACAUCAUCAUCAUCCUUCUCCUCAUCAUCAGCCUCAACUCAAUCCACUCGGCCAAUAAUAGUCCCCACAGCUCAAGCCUUGUCCCCAAAGCACGUCCCCAUACUGAGCUCUCAGGAGGAUUGCAACCCUACCAAAGGAAAACACACCCUGCAGUCUCCUUCUGCGCCCACUCCCACUCCUCCUGCUCCUCUAACUCCUCUAGAACUGGACACCAUCCAACUCACCAAGGACCAAGACAAAAAAGAGGCCCACAUUCCUUCCCCCGACACACAUACAACAUUGUCCUCCCUCACCAGGCCUUCUUCUCAAGGGCAGAUGAUAGAACAGGAACUAGCACAUGUGUUGGAGUGUGUCUCUCUAGAAGAGGAGGGGGUUCUGAACGCAGAAGGAGGAAGGGGAGUCAAACAAGAGGGAUCCCCUGUCAAUUCCAAGAGACACAUACAGUCUCCUCUGCUCUUGGAGGGUAUCACUACUCGUCGUGUGGGAGGUGGAGGAGGCAGCAACUGGGGUUCAGAUUGUGGCUCAGAGGGUGCUGAGGAUGAGGGAGGGGAAGGAGCAGUUCUGGAGGUUCCAGACACAGCGCUGCUCCUCCCGCUGCAUGACCCUGACCUUUACGUGGAGAUGGUGAAGGGAACACACUCUGUACCCCAGUACGCUGAAGUGGCUUACCCAGACUACUUUGGCCAUGUAGCCCCAACAUUUAGGGAACCACUUGUGGAGAGAGUUUACGGUGUGCAGAGGUCUAAGAUAUUCCAGGACAUUGAGAGGUUGAUUCAUCCUAAUGAUAUCCUGGAUAAAGUACUUUACGACCUGGACAUUCCUAGUUGUCCUGUGAUUGAAGACAAUGGUGAAUCACUGAAGUUCAACUCUCAGUUUGAGUCUGGCAACCUCAGGAAGGUAGUUCAAGUUAGGAAAUAUGAGUAUGACCUUGUGCUAAAUUCAGACAUCAACAGUAAUCACUACCACCAGUGGUUCUACUUUGAGGUGAGCGGCAUGCGUGUUGGAGCUACUUACCGCUUCAACAUCAUCAACUGUGAGAAGUCAAACAGCCAGUUCAACUAUGGCAUGCAGGUGCUGAUGUACUCUGUGCAGGAGGCGAUCAGUGGCAGGCCUCGCUGGGUCAGAACAGGAACAGACAUCUGUUACUACAAGAAUCAUUUUGCGAGGAGUUCCAUUGCAGCUGGAGGUCAGAAAGGAAAGUCCUAUUAUACAAUGACCUUCAGCACAAGCUUCAGCCACAAGGAUGAUGUCUGCUACUUUGCCUAUCAUUACCCUUAUACAUACUCCACUCUUAAGAUGCACCUGUCCAAACUGGAGGCUUUGAGGACACCUCAGAUCUACCUUAGACAGGACACCCUGUGUGAGACCCUGGGGGGAAACAGCUGCCCCCUUCUCACCAUCACUGCCAUGCCGGAGUCCAACUCCAAUGAUCACAUCUGUCAAUUUAGGAACCGUCCAUUGAUCUUCCUGUCGGCCAGAGUGCACCCUGGAGAGACCAACGCCAGCUGGGUAAUGAAGGGCACACUGGAGUUCCUGAUGGGCACCAGCGCACUUGCAGCCAGCCUGAGAGAGGCCUACAUCUUUAAGAUAGUCCCCAUGCUCAACCCUGAUGGAGUUGUAAAUGGAAAUCAUCGUUGUUCUCUAAGUGGAGAGGAUUUGAAUCGCCAGUGGCAGAACCCCAAUCCUGAGCUCCACCCCACCAUCUACCACACUAAGAGCCUGCUGCAGUACCUUGCACACAUACAAAGGGCACCACUGGUGUUUUGCGACUACCACGGUCAUUCCAGAAAGAAGAAUGUGUUCAUGUAUGGCUGCAGCGUGAAGGAGACGGUCUGGCAGUCCACUAUCAGUGCUACGUCCAGUGACUUACAGGAGGACCUUGGUUAUAGGGCGCUUCCUAAGAUCCUGUCCCAGAUCGCCCCAGCCUUCAGCAUGGCGAGCUGUAGUUUUGUUGUGGAGCGCUCCAAAGAGUCAACCGCCCGCGUUGUUGUUUGGAGAGAGAUAGGAGUACAACGCAGCUACACCAUGGAGAGCACGCUCUGUGGUUGUGACCAGGGCAAAUAUAAGGGUCUUCAAAUCGGCACCAGAGAGCUGGAGGAGAUGGGAGCUCAGUUCUGUAUGGCCCUGCUGAGGCUGAAAAGGCUGACAGGGCUCCGCAACCACCAACACCUGCUGGACUUGGAGAGCGAUAUCAUUGGGACACAGUCUAAAGUGGUCAGCAGCCCCACCACCUAUGUGAUGGAGGAGGACGAGCCGUCCUUUCUGGAGGCGAUAGACUACAGCGCAGAGAGCAACGAUGAGGAUGCCGAGCCUGAAAACGAGCACGGUAGCGAAGUCCAUGAGAUUCCCGAUCACCUCGAUCAACUGUCAGACUCUGAGACAAAUCACCGGGACUAACGCUGAGGUGUUCACCUCCUCUGUACCUGGCAAUUAGAGCUUAUAACCAGCCAGUGCUUGGAUUCUUAGCUGAUCUGAAAUAAAAGAUUUCACAGGUAAAAUAGUCAGAACCCACACUUCUCACUUUGACUGGUGGAUAAAAUAGCUUAGAUUUACACCUAACCCUAUUAUAUAGACACUUUAUGAUAGUACGUAGGCUACAUUGGCACCACUCAGGUGCUCUUUUCCCAACAGUGUUGCUCCUGAAGGUGCGUACUCCUGCCUCUCACUUCAGACAGGCUGAUAAAAGCCCUCAGUAAGAAUUAGGAUGGAUUUCAGUGAAUGUUCUCACCUUUCACCGUCAUACUAUAACCUACAUGAACUGUAACCCCUGACCUCAGACACCAUAUAGCCUCUGAGAUUCACAUAUAGAUAGCCAGAGCAGCAAACAGCAGGCACCGCCGAUCCUUAACUUGAACCCUUGUCCACUUGCUCAUUUCUCACAGCCGAUCUUACACUAAAGCUACCUGACAAGGCUGUGGAAGUGUAAUAGAGCCAGUGGCUUCUCUAGGUACUGUAGGUUUUUGAAACCCCUCUCUCACCCGUGACCCUGUGUUUGAUUAAAAAAAACUCCUGGUGAUGGAGGGUAACUGGAUCUCCCCAACUGACCAGCUUAAAGAUCCAACCAACCUGCCUUCUUAUUUCCUUUUUCUUUCCUUUCUUUAGUCUCACCCUGCACUUUUUACUCCUUUUCUUGGUUUGGGCCUUCCUUGUGUCUAUUCUUGCUUGCCUCCUUCCUUAUUUUUCUGACAAGCCAAGGUGUCUCGGAUGCAGGGUUGACCAAACAACUCCGUAUCAAAGCUUAUAGCUGCAGGUUAACGUCAGUCAUCACGAGUGUUGAGUUAUGACCUCACUUCCUCUCCUCUGUAACCCCUCCUCUCUUCAGCCGCAGUGCAUGUGGUCCGAUAGUCUGUUUGUUUGCCUUGCUGUAUCCAAAACAAACUAUUAUUAUCAUUCAAACAUAGAAUGUUCACGUCUUUAUCAAGACAAACCUUGUACAAUACAUGAAAUGCAGAUAUAACAGGGUUGGUUUGAGUUUCUUGAUCAACAGUAAAAAACAUGAAGAUGGAAUGUAAAAUAUCCACAUGCACUGUUGGUGUUUUCAUUGUUUUUAAUAAUAGACAGUAUUAUAAUGUUAGACAAAGCAGUAAUGAACAAGACGCAUGAGCUGCAGAGAGCAGAAACCCUUUUGCACUUUGGAUAUAUACACUAUACAUGCAAAACAAAGAGAAACAAACGGACUGAGAGCGAAACAUCACUUUACAACAUGCCACAGUUUGCAAACCUCACCUCAUUAGUCUGAAGUUCUGAGAGUCCAGCCCAAAGCUGACAGUAAUGUUGCUGUGAUGUUUUAAAGAAUUAUACUGGAAUUUUUUUCCCUCCAAUCUGUGUGUACAUCUUGUGGAUUUGCUUAGGAGAGACCCAUGCAUUAAAAACAGAUGGUGCUUUGUAUUGAGAGUAUCAAGCAGUUUGUUGGAUUAUUUCUUUAUUUUGUUUAUGUUUCUGUUGCAUUUGUACAGCUAGUGCAUGGCUAUUUUCUCUUGUUUUUAUUUUGUAAUUUAUUAAGUAUUGUUUCUGGGUUGUAACCUGUAUGUAUAUGAGGCACUGUGAGUGUAUGAGUGCAAAUGUGUGUGUGUGUGUGUGCGCGCGCAGGAGUUUAAGAUAUUCCAUUAUUCAGCUCAGCUAAUACUCUUACAGUGUAUUUCUUCUUUCAGUUUGAUAAUCUCCUCUCACUCUCCUUCACUCACUCACUCCCUAAUCAUUUUCUCUCUCUCUUCUUCCCUCCACUCCCUCCUUUUCUAUCUUUCUCUUGGCACUACUUUCUUUAAAAUUUUCCUCAUGGACAUCUUACAGACCCAGGGAGAUCCUUGUUCUGGGUGCGUGUGUGUGUAACAGACAUAUGAUGUGAAAUAAUGUCGGUACCCUCUGAGAAUUGUGUGUGCUGUUAUAUCUCUGUUUGUUCGUAGCAGUUUAUGUCGACAUGCUGGGCUACUUUUGUUUUGUGUUUUUUUUUUUUUGGAGAUAAACAAGCAGAGAAAGCAACUCAUUUUAAGUUGAUUGUAAUGCAGAAAACUGAAGCCAAGAGUGAACAUGGGAAAUAAAAUGUGAAUGUGGUAAACUA